ACGAAUCGAAGCGUGAACACUUCGCGCUUAAUGUCAAAUUUGACACUCAAUAGAUCUAUCACGUUAGCACAAUACAAUUCUUUUACACAAGUUUUAUUGAAAUCGUGUGCUUUUUCUGGGUUUUUUGCAUGACAAUCGUUAUUCGAUAUGGUUCAGUGUGUUGCUUUCGGGUGCAAAGAACGCGAGGAAAAGGGAAAGAAGGGUUUUUUCCGUUUUCCGAAGGAUGAUGUUACUUGUAAGAAAUGGAUAAAGGCAGUCAAUUCCAGGAGAGUAAUCGAUGGGAGACUGGUUGAUUUCAAACCGAGUAAGGCAGCUAGAUUGUGCUUGAAACAUUUUGACGACAGUUGUUUUUUUCAUCCUCCAAGUGUUAUGGCUAGUGUUGGAAUGGAGUUAAAGCUCAAGCUCAAAGCUGGUGCAAUUCCAACGAUAUUUCCGGAAACAGAGGCAUACAAAGCUUCAAAGAAAGCUCCACUAAAUCCCAACGACCUUGGACCAGGGAAGCACAACCGAGCGAAGUAUGGCGCCUAUUCUAAAAGGAACCAGAAACCGGACCCAUAUUCAUCAUGUGUCGAAGAGCCAGAUGUCUGUGAAGAAAUGUCUUGUGAACAGUCGCCUGUUCGGAUCAGUGAUCCUGAAUCACAUUUUGAUAAUGUGUAUUCGCAGUCAUCACAGACAUCUGAGGGAAAGGACAAAAGUGUUGGGGCCAUGCCAGUGAUGUCAGAUGUGGGGACAGACCCUACCUGUUUUGAGUCGGAGUCAUCAGAUGCUGAAGAUGAUGAGAUGAAUGAUGCAUAUGUUGCUGAUGACGCUGAUGAUGAUCCUGAAUGGGAGCCAGAAGACGAUUCCGAUGAGGAAUAUGAAUCAGGCGAUGAAGAAAACGUUUGGGUAGACUGCAGUGAGCAGACUGACAGGCCAUACUUAGUGUAUGAAAGCUGUCUGCUGCCACUACUGUUGAUGUGCUCUGUGUGUGGCGACAGAUGCACCAUCACCAAGAAGUCGACCAGAGGAGGCCAGCUAAGAGUGACAACUAUAUGUGGCACUGGACAUUGGAGAACAUGGGACAGUUCACCCAACAUAUGUGGAACACCACUAAUAAACCUGGUAGUGGCAGGGGCCUUGUUUUUUAGUGGUGUCUGCCUGAGGAAAUUCGUGAACUGUUUAAGUUUUAUAAAAGUUCCCAUUCUGUCAUACAGGACGUAUAUGCGUCUUCAAUCCAUUUACAUAUUGCCAGCGGUUGACAAUGUGUGGAAAAAGACUCAAGCACGCCUUUUUGAGAUGCGCACUGGUAAAUCGCUACGGCUGGGAGGGGACGCUCGGUGUUGCUCACCUGGACACACGGCAAAGUAUGGCUCGUACACUCUCAUGGAUCUUGAGACUAACCAUGUCCUGGAUGUACAGCUUGUACAGUCAACUUGUACUAUAUGUAGUGAGGGAAACGGUGACUUGGUUGUUGCAAAGUGGCUUUCAAUUGGGAACCAUGUUGUGAAUCGUCAUGAUGGCCAUGGUGACUUGUUUCCCAGAUGUCUUCAUGGACCGAUAGACAGAAGCAAAAAAUGGAUAAAGGCUGGUUCAAAGGCCCAUAAAGAGCUCCUCUUAAUAACGGAACGAAAGCGUUUCGUGGCAGAUAUUCGGAUGCUGUCACCCACUGAGCAGACAUCAGCCUUGGAGGCGCAGCACAAGGUGGUGUGUCAGUUUGCCCCAAAGUUCCUCAGCUUCUCCUAUGCAGCAAUGAAACAAAGACUACAUCUUGCUGCUUUGCAUUCUGUGGCAAAUGCAAACCGCAAGCAGGCUGAGACCAGACAGGGGGAAAAAAGGUACAGACUCUCCUAUCCUAAGUACAAGGCUGGACAUCAUGUGGUUAAAGCAGUUAAAGAGAAUUGCACUUAUGACUAUGUUGAUGAACUAAUGGCAGAGCUGCUUAGGAUGAAAGAGGAGUACAAGAGCGAUGCCAAUGCAAGGGCUGCCUCUGGCAACAUUCUGUUUUCACCGCCACCCCUGUCUUCAUCUGCAAACAGAAUCCUGAAGUCAGAGGCUGUGCAGAACCAUCGUUCGCGAUUUAAUUAGCGAACAGGGAUGGAAAUUAGUGGUUGCCCGUUUUGUUGUUGUUAUCUAUUACUUUUAAAGAAAGUAUUGGUUACACAUGACACUACAUGAACAUAGUACUGGGCGCGUUAAGGCUUACGAUGGGAAACCAAAAAACCAUAGAUGGUUGUCCAUGUGGGCAACCAACUGUAAAACGUUAGUUUCCAUCCCUGGCGAAGCAAAAUCCAAUGUAUGAGUCGGACGGAAAUCUCUGGCGAAUGGCUGCCACAGCGCAUGACGGAAGAGGUCGUCGGUCCUUCUUGCUCAGACGGUGCCAUAUCCAACGAGCCAGUCUUCUAUAUGAAAUGUAUCUGUAUACUCUGAAGUUAUAAAUGUAUAAGGAUACCAUUAUGAUAAAUAUUAGUAUGUUUAUUAAAACAAAGGUACUUUUCAACUUGACAAUUACACAAGCCAUGCUGUAGCAGAUUCUUACUUAAGUUUACAGUUUAACAAACUUACUCAGCUUGAAUAUAAUGGUAUAUAAUAUAUAUUUUACUGAAAUUAUGUCAGAAAUCAGAUUUUUUUAGCAACUUCACAUCAUGUUGUAGCAGGUUGUUAUUGUAGUGUUCUUUUGAAAAAAUUAAACAGCUUGUAUUUAUAUUUUUAGUUCAAAUGUUGAAAAAUAAUAAUGAACUGGCAUUUGUAAGUAACCAAAAAUCAUUGUGUAGCAAAUUGAUACUUCAUUUUACAAUUAGAUAACCCAGUCAUCUUGUAUACACGCGUAUAUUAAUGUUGAUUAAAAUUGUUGUCUUUUUAUGUUAUUUUUAUUAUUUGUAUCAAAACAUAUUUACAGUAUGAAAUACAAAUGACAAGUUCACACAAAACAUUGUGUUAUUUAAUGUCUACAGUGUAUUUUCUUUACAAACAAUCUGUCCUGGUUUCAUAAACAUUUUUAAUAAUUAAUGACAACUUAC